AUGGGCCCUGGACUGCUGUGUGUGUGUCUGGCACUGGCUGUGCCUCUGUCCGGGGGACAGGACCCAGGACCCGGGUCCGCGAAGGAGGACAUCCCCGAGGGCGCAUCCACCCUGGCGUUCGUGUUCGAUGUGACCGGAUCCAUGUACGAUGACCUGGUCCAAGUGAUCGAAGGCGCAUCCAAGAUUCUGGAGACCUCCCUGAGCAGACCCACCAGACCCCUGUACAACUUCGCCCUGGUGCCCUUCCAUGACCCAGAGAUUGGACCUGUAACGAUCACGACAGACCCCAAGAAGUUCCAGUAUGAGCUGAGAGAGUUGUAUGUUCAGGGAGGUGGUGACUGUCCAGAGAUGAGCAUCGGUGCCAUUAAGAUCGCCCUGGAAAUCUCCCUUCCUGGAUCCUACAUUUACGUCUUCACAGAUGCCCGUUCUAAAGACUACAAACUGACCCACGAAGUCCUGCAGCUGAUCCAACAGAAACAGUCACAGGUUGUGUUUGUGCUGACGGGCGACUGCGAUGACAGGAGUCACAUCGGCUACAAGGCUUAUGAGGAGAUAGCCUCCACCAGCUCUGGGCAGGUCUUUCAUCUUGACAAGAAACAGGUCAAUGAGGUUCUGAAAUGGGUGGAGGAGGCUGUACAGUCAUCUAAGGUCCACCUGCUGUCCACUGAUCACUUUAGUGGGGUCAGCAACACAUGGCAGAUGCCCUUUGACCCCAGCCUGAAGGAAGUCACUGUGGCCCUCAGCGGUCCAGCACCUGACAUCGAGAUAAAAAACCCCCAAGGGAAGAUCAUGGGGAAGAGUGACGGCCUGACUGAGCUCUUGCACAUUCCCAACUCUGCCAAAGUUGUCAACAUCAAGGACCCACAGCCUGGAAUGUGGUCUAUCAAGACAUCUAGUGAAGGAAGACAUUCAGUUCGUAUCUCAGGCCUCAGCACCAUCGACUUCAGAGCCGGAUUUUCCAGGAAACCCAUGCUGGACUUCAAAAAAACCUCCAGUAGGCCAGUUCAAGGGAUUCCCACCCACAUCCUGCUCAACACCACUGGGCUUUCCCCUCCUGCUCGAGCUGACAGGCUGGAGCUUCUGUCAAUCACAGGGAGUAUCAUCAAAACUUUGCCAAUUCGCUACUACCCCGACCGGGAACCAUACGGCCUCUGGAACAUCACAGAGUUUGUCCCACCCAAUGAAGCCUUUUUCCUACGAGUGACGGGUUACGACAAAGACGGUUUCCUGUUUCAGAGAGUGUCCAGUGUUUCCUAUUCAAGUAUUGUACCUGAUGCUCCUAAGGUGAUCAUGCCCACCACAACUCAUGGGUAUUACCUUCAGAGAGGAGCUGUGAACUGCCAGGUCGAGAGCCUGAUCCCCUUCACUUUACGCUUCAGCAGAGAUGGAAGACGACUCGGGGUCGACCAGCUCUUCAGUGAGUCUGACAGAGCAUCAUUUGAGAUAGCCCAGGUUUCUUUAAAGGACGAGGGAUAUUACGAGUGUAUCGCUAUCAGCAGCGCCGGGACAGGACGAGCGCGCACCUUCCUGGAUGUGUCAGAACCACCUCCAGGUAUCACAACUCAGGGCAAUGUAACCGCCUCCCCCGGCUCCAACGCCGUCCUCACCUGCCACGUUGUGAGCACUGUCACCUUCAACCUCACGUGGCUGAGAGGAGGUCACGACCCCCGCCUGGACCACCGGGUGCAGAUCCUGUCCAACCUGUCACUACAAGUGUCCGCUGUGAGUCCAGACCACUCAGGCUGGUACGAAUGCAUCGCUGCCAAUGAGGGAGGGUUGACGGCAGAGCGGAUCUACCUCACUGUACAAGAGGUGCCCAGAGUGUCAGUGCAGCCCAGAAACCAGACUUUUACGACAGGAGAAGAAGUGAGAAUCAAGUGUUCUGCCAGCGGUUACCCUCCUCCACGCCUGCUCUGGACCCACAACGACAUGUUCAUCAUGGCCUCCAGCAGACACAGAAUGACUCCUGAUGGUACGCUGAUUAUAAAAAACACACAACAGAAGGAUGGAGGAGUUUAUGGCUGUUUGGGCAGCAACCAGGCCGGAACAGACACUAUGACCUCCAUCCUCACUUACAUUGAAUCUCCUGUGGUGACGGUGGCAUUGAGUGAACUUCUCAUCGGUAUUGGGGAAACCACCAUCAUGGCCUGUUCAUCAUCUGGAGUCCCCCAACCUGAGAUCUGGUGGUACAAAGGUGAUCUCCAGCUGCAGCCUUCAUCUGUACUGGAUAUAAACAGACUGGAGGGGACGCUGACCAUCAAGAAGACCCUGGACACUGAUGCUGGGGAAUACACCUGUGUGGCUGUAAACACUGCCGGCACGUCAUCAGGGAAGAUCUCCUUAGAUGUAGGAGAUGUCCCCACGUUUUCACGGGAACCAUCAGACUUGGCCAUGGACAUCGGCUCUAAUGUGACCCUGCCAUGCCAGGCCCAGGGCCAUCCUGAACCACAGCUCACCUGGAGGAGAGACGACGGAGUCCCUCUAUUCAACAGACCCCGUCUACACGGAGUUAUCACACAGAGCAAAGGGAAUCUACAUAUCACCAAUCUGUGGGUGGAUGAUGAGGCUGUGUACAUCUGUGAAGCUCAAAACCACUUUGGUAGAAUUCAGAGUGCGGCCAGAGUCACAGUGACUGGACUGGUUUCACCGGUCAUUGCGGUGAGUCCAGCUGUUCUCAGUGUGGUCAAGGAUCAACAGGUCACUUUGCCAUGUGUCCUGCUUGCUGGGAAUCCACUGCCUGAGCGACAGUGGUUACAUAACUACGGCCUGGUGACCUCAGACCAGUAUUUGACAGUGAGGAGAGACGGGAGUUUGCAUAUUGACAGAGUUCGAUUGGACGACGCCGGUGACUACACUUGUUUGGCUGAGAACGUUGUUGGAGCCACCAACCACACCACAACUGUCAAUGUCUAUGUGAUUCCCACCAUUCAGCACGGCCCUCAGGUUUUCAGCACAAUUGAGGGAACACCCAUCUCUCUGCCCUGUCGAGCCAAUGGAGUCCCCUCCCCUUACAUUACAUGGGCAAAGGGUGGGGAGCUGCUGAACUUGGGUGGUCCGGCCUUCUCCUUGGAUUCUGACGGAAGCCUCCUCAUCGCCUCCCCUUCUGGUAACGAGACUGGAGAGUUCAUCUGCACAGCAACCAAUGCCGCUGGCUUCGCCUCCAGGAAGGUUCAGCUCACUGUCUACGUUCGCCCCAGAUCUAGUACUGAUGGCACUGGAGCUCCUGCAGAACCACUAAAGACGUCAGUGAUCGAGGGUGAGGAUGUCAUCCUGCCCUGUGAGGUCCACAGUGUGCCCCCUCCCACCAUCAGCUGGGCCAAGGAACGGCAGCUCAUUUCCCCUUUCUCUCCUCGGCACACUCAGCUGUCCUCUGGGUCACUGAAGAUUUUGGAAACCAGAGUCUCAGACAGUGGACUGUAUGUGUGUGUUGCCUCUAACAUUGCUGGUAACCUUACACAGUUCAUUGAGCUGAGUGUUUUGGUGCCUGCCAGUAUUCAGCCUGGUCCCAGAGUAAUGAAGGUCCAGGUGGGUCACACUGUGGAGCUGCCCUGUGUGGUUCAAGGUUUCCCAGAGCCCCUCCUCACCUGGACAAAGGAUGGUCAGAGGUACCCCGUCUCACCUGAUGGCAGCCUGAUUCUGAACAAUGUGGGUCUGGGUGAUGAGGGAACGUAUACCUGCACGGCUACCAACACUGCAGGAAGAGAUGAGGCUCGAAUUCGGCUUCUAGUGCAAGUGCCCCCAGUGGUAGAGGUACUGGAGCCCCCCUUCAAUAGUCCCCUGCAGGAACGAGUUGCAAACCAGCGUAUAGCUUUUCCCUGCCCUGCCAAAGGUCUUCCCAAACCAGUCAUCCGGUGGUUGCGUAAUGGUCAGGAACUCACUGGUAAUGAGCCUGGUGUCUCGAUCCUUGAGGAUGGAACGUUGUUGAUUCUGGCCUCUGUGUCGCCCCUGGACAACGGAGAGUACGUGUGUGCUGCCGUCAAUGAUGCCGGAUCCACUGAGAGGAAGUACCAGCUUAAAGUUAACGUUCCCCCAGAUUUCCGUGACGGUGAAUCACCAGGAAACUUUUCAGUGGUCCUGAACCAGCCCACCCACUUAGUGUGUGAUGUGAUAGGAAGUCCAACUCCGGUUAUCACCUGGUACAAGGAUGGGAUCCCUGUAGUUCCCAGUAACAGCAUCCAGAUCCUCGACAUGGGAAAAACCCUGAAACUACUGAAGGCAGCCAGAGAGGAUGCAGGCAGCUACAGCUGUACAGCCAUCAACAUCGCUGGCAGCACUGACAAAGACUUCUUCCUUGAUGUGCUUGUACCACCAACCAUAAUAGGAUCCGCUUCUCCUCGAGAUAUUUCAGCCAUUCUCAAACAGGAGAUCAGUCUGGAAUGCAAGGUGCAAGGGAUGCCCUUUCCCACAAUCCAGUGGUACAAGGACAGGAAGCUCAUUUUUCUUGGUGAUCCCAAUCUAGAGGUCACCAACAGGGGUCAGGUUUUAAAAAUAAAAAGUGCUCGUCUCGGUGACCAGGCCCGCUACCAGUGUAGUGUCAUGAACACAGCUGGCAAACAGUCCAGAGACUUUAACCUCAGUGUCUAUGUUCCACCCUCCAUCAAAGGAGGUAAUGUCACUACAGAAGUCACAGCUCUGUUGGACACGGUGGUGACUCUGGAAUGUGAGGCACGAGGAGUUCCGCUGCCGACGAUUACCUGGUUCCGUAACAGAGAACCCAUCCUUUCACACCGCCAGGCCCAGUAUGUGGAACGAGGACAUUUUCUGAAGAUCCCUCGAGCUCAGGCGUCAGACGCCGGCUUGUACACCUGCAGAGUGACCAGUGUGGCAGGGGUCGCCGAGAAGAGCUAUGAACUGGACGUCUACCUGCCACCUACGAUUGCAGGGGAAGAUGAUGGGCCGACUGAGAGGAAGGUGGUCCUCAGUAAACCUCUGAUCCUGGAGUGUGAGGCAGGGGGACACCCGCCCCCCUCCCUCACCUGGCUGAAGGACGGGGUUCCUGUCCGUGAUGGAGAAAGCCUUCGUGUCCUCGAACAGGGGAAGAAAAUAGAAAUCCGCUCAGCGACAGUGUCAGACUCUGGGCGCUACAUCUGUGUAGCUACAAGCAUCGCUGGGGAGAAAGAGAUCAAAUAUGACGUUAAAGUUUUAGUGCCUCCUUUCAUCGAUGGUGGAGAUGAUGUGACAGACAGCACAGUGAUAAUCAACAACCCUCUGGAGCUGGAAUGUCAAGCCACAGGGACACCCUCUCCUGUCCUCACGUGGUACAAAGAUGGAAAGCCCGUCAGACAGGGUGAGGGGUUGAGGGUUGCAUCCAGCGGCCGGCGCCUGAUUGUUUCUCGUGCUCAGGUCUCUGACACAGCUCGCUUUCAGUGUGUCGCAACUAAUGAAGCAGGAGACCAUGAGAGAGACUUCAAUGUGGUAGUCCAUGUUCCUCCAUCCAUCCGUACGACUGGACCUGCUGAACGCUCCGUGAUUCUCCAUAAGCCUAUCACUCUAGAGUGCAUUUCCAGUGGAAUACCUCCUCCCAGCAUCACUUGGCUUAAAGAUGGCCGACCUGUAGACACGACAAAGGAGCAUCUAAAGCUGGAAUCAGCAGGCAGGCUGCUGAAGAUCACAGAGGCGAGACUGGAGGAUUCUGGGAAAUACACCUGCCUGUCCACCAACGCAGCGGGUGAAGCUCAGCAGCACAUACGUCUGAGUGUCCAUGAGCCUCCCACUAUCCCCAACUCUGCAGAGAUGAUUAACCAGACCAUCCUGUCAGGUUUCCCCACUGAGCUCGAGUGCAAGGCCACAGGCAGCCCAUUACCUGCUAUCACUUGGUACAAAGAUGGCCGACCUCUGACGAGUGCAGCUGGAGUGACCAUGCUGAAGCGUGGUCAGGUGCUGGAGAUUGAAAGGGCUCAGCUGUCUGAUACUGGGAUCUACAGAUGUGUGGCGGUCAACUUGGCUGGAGUUGCUGAGAUAUCCCACAGCCUGCAGGUGUACGUGCCUCCGGUCAUCUCCAGUCGAGGUGGUACAGUUACAGUGGUGGUCAAUGAAGCGGCCAGGCUGGAAUGUGAGGCCAGCGGAGUUCCUCUGCCCAGCCUCACCUGGCUUAAAGAUGGCAGCCCUGUGGCGAGUGUUUCACAUGGCAUACAGGUUUUAUCUGGUGGCAGAGUUCUGUCUCUGAACAGCGCUCAAGUGAGUGACACAGGCAGGUACACCUGUGUGGCUGUUAAUGCAGGAGGAGAACAACAAAGAGAGUACGAGCUCAGGGUUUAUGUGCCACCUAAUAUUAAAGGUGAGGAGGUGAAUGCCACAGUGAUGCUUGGGCGUCCAGUGGAGCUGCAGUGCCAGAGCGAUGCGAUUCCCCCACCCACCCUCACCUGGCGCAAAGAUGGACGUCCACUCUUCAGGAAACCUGGUCUCACUGUGUCCGCCAAUGGAAGUCUGCUUAAGGUGAACAGUGCACAGGUGCAGGAUUCUGGCAGGUACACAUGUGAAGCCACCAAUGUUGCAGGAAAAACAGAGAAGAACUAUAACCUCAAUGUGUGGGUUUCUCCCAGCAUCCGGGGCUCAGAGGAGGUGUCUCCACUCACAGUGACUGAAGGAAAUCUCAUCACUCUGGUGUGUGAAUCCAGCGGUAUCCCACCACCAAGCCUGAGCUGGAAGAAGGAUGGAAUGGAUUUAAAGUCAGACCAACGUGUCAGGGUUCUGUCAGGAGGACGUCAGCUCCAAAUUUCCAGCGCUGAAAGGACAGACACCGCUUCAUACACCUGUACAGCCUCCAGUGCAGCUGGAAGCACCUUCAAGGAGUACAGUCUGCAGGUUUAUGUCCGCCCUUAUAUCAGACGCAGCGAGGGCGAUGCCGAUGACGUGACUGUGACAAAAGGAGGUGAUGUUACCCUACAGUGCGCUGCAGAGGGUGUACCUCGGCCAGCGGUCACAUGGCUGAAAGAUGGACGACCUAUCACUGGUCAACACGGUGCAAAAGUCCUGAACGAGGGGAGGCUGCUGCAGAUUAAAGACGCCAGGGUGUCGGACACAGGACGCUACACCUGUAUCGCUGUUAAUGUGGCAGGACAAGCUGACAGCAAACACGAUAUCAGCGUACAUGUUCCACCUGCUAUCAUUGGUCAGGUUCAGUUUCCAGAAAAUGUGAGCGUUGUAGUGAAGAACCCUGUCACUUUAAGUUGUGAAGCCUCUGGUAUCCCUCUUCCUGCCAUUACCUGGUUAAAGGAUGGUCAGCCAAUUAAAGCAACCAGCUCAGUUCGUGUCCUCUCAGGAGGGCGGAGCCUGCGUCUAAUGCAUGCUGCAGUAGAGGAUGCUGGGAGAUAUACCUGUAUUGUAUCCAACAGCGCUGGAGAAGAAAGGAAGAAUUUUGACCUUGACAUCCUCGUGCCACCAAGCAUUGUGGACGAGGGAACUGUGAUGGACACUAAAGUCAAGGAGAAACAUAACAUUACACUCUCCUGUGAGGCGUCUGGUAAUCCAGUGCCGGAGAUCAAAUGGCAGAAGGAUGGACAGCUGCUGGUGCCUGACGGACGCCACCAGGUUUUGUCUCAUGGGCGUUUUCUUCAAAUCUCUGGUGCUCAGGUUUCAGACACCGGCAGGUACAGCUGCCUGGCAUCGAACACGGCAGGGGAUCGCAGCCGGCAUUUUAACCUCAACGUCCUGGUGUCUCCUACAAUUGCUCAGUCGGGUCCUGAAGGUUCUGCAGAGGAGGUGACGGUAACCCUUAGCAGCCCCACCUCCCUUGUGUGUGAAGUCCAGUCUUACCCGCCUGCUUUGAUCACCUGGCUCAAGGACGGAUCUCCUUUUGAGUCGAGCCGCAACAUUCGAAUCCUUCCAGGUGGACGGACCCUGCAGAUUCUGAAUGCUAAAGAGGAGGAUGCAGGGAGGUACACCUGUGUGGCCACUAAUGAGGCUGGAGAGUCCCUGAAGCACUAUGAGGUCAAAGUUUAUGUUCCCCCACAGAUCAAUAAAAAUGAUAUCCCAGGAGAAGGACUAGCCCCCAAAGAGGUCAAGAUUAAGGUCAACAGCACUUUGACUUUGGAGUGUGCAGCUCAGGCCUUUCCAACACCGGCUCUGCAGUGGUACAAGGAUGGACAGAUCCUGUUGGGAGAUGACCACGUGUCCAUUACAGCCAAUGGUCGGAUUGUUCAGAUAAAACACGCCCAGGUUUCAGACACCGGCCGAUACACCUGUGUAGCCACUAACGUAGCUGGAGAGGAUGAGAAGGACUUUGAUGUAAAUAUACAAGUUCCACCUAAUUUCAACAAACCCGGUGGUGCUGGAGACACCACCUCUCCUCCAGGUAUCGGUGGGGAUGUCCGGGACGUGAUACUCAACAAUCCCAUUUCUUUGUACUGUGAAACCAAUGCUGUUCCCCCUCCAACACUCACCUGGUACAAAGACGGAAGACUGCUGAACUCCAAUGAUAAAGUUUUGAUCCUACCAGGUGGUCGAGUCUUGCAGAUUCCUAGAGCUCAGGCUGAAGAUUCAGGCAGAUACACAUGUGUGGCUGUCAACGAAGCAGGAGAAGACUCAAUUCAGUAUGACGUCAGGGUACUACUGCCUCCAAUCAUUCGAGGCUCAGACACCGACCUACCUGAUGAAGUCACUGUCCUGGUCAAUAAAACCACGCAACUGGAAUGUCAUGUGGAUGGAAACCCCGCCCCUAAGAUCACCUGGUUUAAGGACAACCAGCCAGUCAGCUCUGAUGGCCCACACAGGAUCCUUUCCAGUGGACGAACACUUCAGGUGUUGACUGCUCAGGUGUCUGACACAGGCCGAUAUGUGUGUGUGGCUGACAACGUCGCUGGCAGCGCUGAAAAAUCUUUUAACCUCAACGUUCAUGUGCCUCCCACUAUAAUCGGCCUUAAUCCAGAAAGUGUGACCGUAGUGGUGAACAACUUUGUGUCUCUCUCCUGUGAAGCUACCGGCUUCCCACCACCGACACUGAGCUGGCUAAAUGACAGAGGCCCCGUUCAGGCCAAUAGCAAUGCUCUAAUCAUGCCAGGGGGUCGUACAUUACAGAUUUUGAAAGCAAAAGUAUCGGAUGGAGGAAAGUACAAAUGUGUAGCCAUGAACGCAGCAGGAGAGGCUCAAAAACACAUCCACCUCACAGUUUUUGUUCCUCCCAGUAUUCGAGACAGUAGUGGAGGGUCUCCUGUGGUGGUAAAUGUUCUCGUUGGAAAAUCCGUAACUCUGGAAUGUGAAUCCAAUGCUGUGCCUCCCCCCACCAUCACCUGGUAUAAGAAUGGCAGAGUGGUGACAGAGUCUGCCAACCUGCACAUCCUGGCAGAUGGACAGACGCUGCAGAUCAAGGGCUCAGAGGUGUCUGAUACUGGACAGUAUGUGUGCAAGGCCACAAACGUUGCAGGUCAAGUGGACAAGAACUUCCACUUAAAUAUCUACGUACCUCCCAGCAUCGAUGGCCCGGCAGAGGAGAGUGUUGUAGAAACCAUCAGUAACCCGGUCACAUUUGCAUGUGAUGCCACAGGGAUUCCUCCUCCCAGUCUCACCUGGCUGAAGAAUGGACGCCCCAUAGAGAAUUCAGAAUCUUUGGAGAUGCACAUCUUCUCAGGAGGUGGCAAACUCCAAAUUGCUCGAUCGCAGCUUUCAGACAGCGGCACUUACACAUGUGUGGCUUCUAAUGUGGAGGGAAAAGCACGCAAGAGCUACCGCCUCACCAUACAAGUGCCUCCCAGUGUCUCUGGGUCGGAGCUGCCCAGUGAGAUGGGAGUGUUAGUGAAUGAAAGUAUCCAGCUGGAAUGUCGAGCCCGAGGAAACCCAACACCAACCAUCCAGUGGCUGAAGGACGGAGAAGCCAUCAACACCUCUACAAAUAAGGGACUCAGGAUCAGUCCAGACGGCAGCACACUCACUGUGACAUUAGCUCACACCACCGACAGUGGAAAAUACACCUGUGUGGCCACCAACUCUGCAGGAGAAGAGGACAGGAUAUUCAAUCUGAAUGUUUACGUUCCUCCUGUCAUAGAGGGACACAGUGACACAGCUGAUGAACUGACAACAGUUUUGGACAGUUCUGUCAACAUUGAAUGUGUUGCCACUGGUUCUCCUCCUCCUCAGCUCAACUGGCUGAGGAACGGCCUCCCUCUGCCCGUGUCUUCACAUAUACGGCUGCUUUCUGCUGGACAGGUGCUUCGGAUUACACGCACCCAAGUGUCAGAUGGAGGCACCUACACAUGUGUUGCAUCAAACAGAGCAGGAGUGGACAACAGACAUUAUAACCUACAAGUGCACGUCCCUCCAGGUCUGGAUGGAGCCGGGACUACUGAGGAUGUGACUGUAGUUAGAGGAAACUUAGCUGUUCUCACAUGUAUCGCUGAUGGGACCCCGACCCCGAUCAUGUCCUGGCUCAGAGGGGGGGUGAACCUGCUUCCUGACCCUCACUUUAAUUUCCUGAACCUGAAUACUACCGUACACAUCACCCAGGCCAGGGUCAACGAUACGGGACGCUACACCUGUGUGGCUAACAACUCGGCAGGUCAAGCUAGCCGCCACUUCAACCUGAAAGUUCUGGACCCUCCACAAAUCAAAGGCUCUGGUGUACCAGCCGAGGUAUCUGUGGUGGUUAAUAAUGUCCUGGAGCUUCUCUGUGAGGCCUCAGGUAUCCCUACACCCUCUCUGACUUGGCUCAAAGAUGGACGCCCCCUGCCUCAGACGGACAGCCUCCGCCUCCUGAGGGGAGGGGAGGUGCUCCGUGUGGCCUCAGCACAGCUGGAGGACACGGGCAGAUACAGCUGCUUAGCCAACAGCCCAGCAGGAGAUGACGACAAGGAGUUCCUGGUUCGAGUACAUGUUCCCCCUAACAUUGCGGGGGAAAGUACGCCUCAGGAUGUGUCGGUUCUGCAGAACAGACAGGUCACUCUGGAGUGUAAGUCUGAUGCUGUCCCACCCCCGACGCUGACCUGGCUCAAAGACGGCCAACCGCUGAAGGCGUCUGCUCGUGUGCGUGUGCUCUCCAGCGGCCGCUACUUACAGAUCAACAUGGCUGAACUUGGCGACAGAGCUCAGUACACCUGUGUGGCCAGCAACAUCGCCGGCAAGACCACACGACAGUUUAACCUGACUGUAAACGUGGCUCCGACUAUCAAGGGCAGCUCUCAGACGGUUUCGGUGCACGUCAAUAAACCAGCAGUACUUGAAUGUAUAGUGAGUGGAGUGCCACCACCACGUGUAACCUGGAGAAAGCAUGGAGCCAUACUGGCAGGAAACAACCCCAGGUACACAUUUGCAGAGGACGGAUCUCUACAUAUUCACUCUGCUCAGGUGACCGACACAGGCCGCUACCUGUGCAUGGCAACAAACCAGGCUGGGACUCAACGCAAAAGAGUCGAUCUGCAGGUGUAUGUGCCUCCUUCCAUCGCUGAUGGACGCACUAAUGUGACAGUCACAGUCAACGUUCAGACCACCCUGUCCUGUGAGGCCACUGGGAUACCCAAGCCCACCGUCAGCUGGAGCAAAAACGGGCGACCCAUCAGCACAGACCAGAACCAGAAUAUGUACAGAUUACUGUCGUCAGGUUCUCUGGUGGUUAUAGCACCAACAGUGGAGGACACUGCUGUGUAUGAAUGUGUGGUCUCUAAUGAGGCAGGAGAAGACUCCAGAUUCAUUAACCUCACCGUCCAUGUUCCUCCAUCGAUAGCAGAUGAACCCACAGAGUUGGUUGUGACCAGACUGUCCCCAGUGGUCAUUGCCUGUACUGCAUCUGGUGUCCCAGAACCCACAAUCCACUGGAGCAAAGACGGCAUGAGGCUGCAGAAAGAAGGACAAGGGUACAGCAUCCUGCCCACAGGUCCAGUAGAGAUCAUCUCAGCUGAGAUCGCUCAUGCGGGACGAUACACAUGCACGGCUAAGAAUGCUGCUGGUUCAACUCUCCGCCACGUGCAGCUCACAGUGCAGGAGCUUCCUGUGAUCCAGACCCACCUGUCCACUAUGGAUGUGAUUUUAAAUAAUCCCAUCACGUUGCCCUGCAAAGCAACAGGUUCACCUCGACCCACCAUCACCUGGCAGAAGGAGGGCAUCAACAUACCCACUACAGGUGGUGCUUUCACAGUGCUGCCGAAUGGAGGCCUGCAGAUCUCUAAGGCGUCUGUGUCGGACUCUGGUACAUACAUUUGUGUGGCUCAAAACCCUGCAGGCACUGCACUGGGCAAGACGAAGCUCAGAGUACAGGUCCCUCCAGUCAUCAGCUCAGACACUCAGGACUACCUGGCACCUGUGGAUUCCUCGGUGACUCUGCAGUGUCAGGCUGAUGGCUCCCCUCCGCCCUCGGUCACAUGGCGAAAAGACGGGCAGACGCUGACUGAAUCUGUGCGCCAGCGGGCGCUCAGUUCAGGAUCCCUACACAUCGCCUUUAUCCAACCCAGUGACACUGGGCGAUACACCUGCACUGCUGCCAAUGCAGCGGGAACUGUCAGCCUGGAGAUGAGCCUGACUGUGCAGAUCCCACCCUCUAUCCGUGAUGGAGAGCAGGAGGUUGCGGUGGUGGAGAACACUCAGGCCCAGCUGGUGUGUGUGGUGGAGGGGGUUCCACAGCCCACUGUGUCCUGGGAGAAGGACGGUGAGCCCCUCAGUGAGAGCACAGCGGAGUACACCAUCCUACCGUCUGGUGAGCUGGUUAUUGACAUCGCUCAGCCUGAUGAUGCAGGCAGUUACACCUGUGUCGCCACCAACUCAGUUGGCCAGGACAGUCGGACUGUCACCCUGUCUGUGCAGACUCACCCUGUCUUCACUGAGCUUCUUGGAGAUGUAGCCCUCAACAAAGGAGAGCGCCUCCUGCUGGCCUGCAGUGUCAGCGGCAUCCCCCCUCCCAGAAUCACAUGGGCCUUCAACAACAAUAUCAUGCCAGUUCAUUAUGACCACAUGAACGGCCACAGUGAGCUGGUGAUUGAGAAAGUGAAUAAAGAUGAUUCUGGUACUUACACCUGUGUGGCUGAAAACAGCGUAGGGACCAUCAAGUCUGUGGGUUUUGUCUACGUCAAAGAGCCCCCAAUUAUUGACGGGGACCCCCACUCUAACCGGAUUGAACCUUUGGGAGGUAAUGCCAUCCUCAACUGUGAGGUUCGAGGCGACCCCCUGCCCACCAUCCAGUGGAGUAAAAACGGAAUAAACAUCCAGAUCAGCAAUCGCAUCCGUCAGCUGGACAACGGUUCUCUGGCCAUUUAUGGCACAGUGACUGAAGACGCUGGUAACUACAUGUGUGUGGCAACAAAUGAUGCUGGAGUUGUGGAGAGAAGUGUCACACUAACUUUACAGAGUGCUCCCACCAUCACUUUGGAGCCGGUGGAGACAGUAGUCGAUGCUGGUACCACACUUGUGAUCAACUGCCAAGCGGACGGAGAGCCCACCCCCGUUAUAGAAUGGUCCCGUCAGGGCCGCCCGUUACUGAGCAGCGACCGCUUCUCCACCCUGUCCAACGGUUCCCUCAGGGUCAGCAGCGCUCAGAAAGAGGACACGGCUGAAUAUGAAUGUGUGGCCAGAAACCUGCUGGGAUCAGUGCUGGUCAGGGUCACCCUCACCGUACGAGUCCACGGAGGCUACUCAGAGUGGGCCGAGUGGGGUCCUUGCAGUGUGUCCUGUGGUGUCGGAGCUCAGAAGAGGCUGAGACAGUGUAAUAAUCCACUGCCUGCCAACGGAGGGCGCCACUGUGUAGGAUCACACACUGAGACGCGCAGCUGUCAUGGAAAACCCUGUCCAGUGGAUGGGAACUGGUCCGAGUGGUCUCUGUGGGAGGAGUGUUCACGAACCUGUGGUCAGGGCAACAGAACCAGGGUUCGAACCUGCAGCAACCCUCCGGCUCAGCACGGAGGCAGGCCAUGUGAGGGGAGGGCGGUGGAGGUCAUCAUGUGCAGUGUCAGACCUUGUCCAGUGGCAGGUAACUGGGGCUCUUGGCUUCCAUGGAGCCCUUGCAGUGAGACCUGUGGUAAAGGUAUGCAGUCCAGAAUCCGGCUGUGCAACAAUCCUCCUCCAGCGUUUGACGGGCCACAUUGUGAAGGCACAGACACCCAAACCCAAGUCUGCAAGGAGAGGCCGUGUCCAGUUGAUGGAAAAUGGUCAUCAUGGGUGAGCUGGGGAGCCUGCAGUGUUUCAUGUGGCGGUGGGACCAGACAAAGGACACGCCUCUGUGCAAACCCCGCCCCCAUGCACGGUGGCAGACAAUGUGAGGGCAAUGACGUGCACAUCGACUUCUGUAACAGCGACCCCUGCCCCAUCAGUGGUAACUGGGCUCCAUGGAGUAGCUGGGGCAGCUGCAGUAAGACGUGUAACGGAGGUCAGAUGAGGCGCUACAGGACAUGUGACAACCCCCGACCAGCCAACGGUGGGAGAGCAUGUGCAGGCGCUGAUACCCAGAUACAGAGGUGCAGCACAGCCGUGUGUCCUGUUGAUGGUAACUGGGGCCCGUGGCAGUCCUGGGCUGAAUGUUCUGUUUCCUGUGGAGGCGGUGAGAGAACUCGUGUCCGCCUUUGUAACAGUCCAUCUCCGAGUAACGGCGGCCGAUCCUGUCCAGGAGACUCCUCCCAGCUGUCCAGGUGUAACACGCAAGCUUGCCCAGGUGGACCCCAGAAGGCACGUGGCAGCAUCAUAGGAAACAUUAAUGAUAUAGAGUUCGGCAUCGCUAUCCUCAAUGCCACCGUCUCAGACAGCAAAACUGGCAGCAAAGUGAUCAAGGCCACCAUUUCUAAUGUACCGAGGACAUUAGGCCCUGCAAUGAGGAAGCUCAUCUCCAUCCUCAACCCCAUCUACUGGACCACUGCACAGGAAAUAGGAGAAGCAGUCAAUGGUUACACACUAACAGGAGGCGUCUUCAGGCGAGAGACACAAGUGGAGUUUGCUACAGGAGAGAUCUUGAGAAUGACCCACAUUGCACGUGGUCUGGACUCAGACGGGGCGCUGCUUUUGGACAUUGUGGUGAACGGACACAUCCUACAGCUGCCGUCACACGCAGACAUCAGCAUUAAGGAUUACACAGAGGACUACAUCCAGACGGGCCCGGGCCAGCUUUACGCUCUGUCCACUCGCAUGUUCAGCAUCGACAGAGAGAGCGUCCCCUACUCCUGGAACCACACCAUCUCCUACGACGUGUCCAAGGGCAAGAUGCCUUACCUGGUGGAGAUGCUGCACGCCACCGCCAUCAGCGCUCACUAUCACCCCCUGGAGGAGGUGCUGGAGUACACCAUCCAUGCCAGUAUCUCUAAAGGUGACCGCAGUAACCAGUGUCCUCAGGGCUUCAGUUUGGUGUCUGCUGGGCCCUACUGCGCAGAUGAGAAUGAGUGUGAGGUUGGAAACCCUUGUUCUCACGCUUGUCACAACGCCAUGGGCACCUACUACUGCUCCUGUCCCCGAGGACUCACUAUUUCAGCUGAUGGCAGGACGUGUCAGGAUAUUGACGAGUGUUCGUUGGGUGGGAAUGUGUGCCACGAUGGGCAGGACUGUGAAAACACCAUCGGCUCCUAUCGCUGUGUUAUGCGGUGUGGGCGUGGCUUCAGGAGAACAGCCGACGGCCUCAGUUGUACAGAUGUGAAUGAGUGUCAGGAGUCCAGUCCAUGUAACCAGCACUGUCUGAACACCAUCGGUAGCUAUCGCUGUGCCUGUGAGCCAGGGUAUCAGCUCAGGAACAGACGCUGUAUCGACAUAAAUGAGUGCAGACAGAGGGUGUGUCGGUCAGAUCAGCAGUGUAAAAACACUCGGGGUGGUUACACUUGUAUUGAUCUGUGCCCCAGUGGAAUGACAAAAGGUGGCAAUGGAACGUGCAUAGACAUUGAUGAGUGCAGGGACGGCACCCAUCAGUGCAGAUACAACCAGAUCUGUGAAAACACCAGAGGCAGCUACCACUGCACAUGUCCACGGGGCUACAGGUCUCAGGGGGUGGGAAGACCCUGCGUUGACAUAAAUGAGUGUGAGCGCCCUCCUCAGCCCUGUGCCCACCAGUGCAUCAACACUCCCGGUAGCUUCAAGUGCACCUGCCCACCGGGGCGCCACCUGCUGGGGGAUGGCAAGUCCUGCGCUGGGCUGGAGCGUCUGCCGAGCUAUGAGAGUUACUCAUACGGCUACCGCACGUCGCAGUCCUCCCCUGAACGCAACUCCUACCAGCAGCUCUACCACAACCUGGCCUCUCAGAGCUACCACUCGUACGCGGCCGCCACAGGGGGGCGCUACAGGGGCCGUAGCCGCAGAAAGAGGAGCGGACCUCCCUCACAGCAGGGCUCCCUCACUUGUCUGCAAGGGUUUGUGUGGAGGGGGGGCCGCUGCUUAGAUAUCAAUGAGUGUGAAGUGAGGGACGCCUGUCAGCAUGAGUGUAUGAACACACCAGGGAGUCACAGGUGUGUGUGUCCUGCCGGGUACCGCCUCAUGACCAACGGCAAGACCUGUCAAGAUGUGGAUGAGUGUCUGGAGCAGAACAUCCAGUGUGGAACGAACCGGAUGUGCUUUAACAUGCGAGGAAGUUACCAGUGUAUCGACACACCCUGUCCACCAAACUACCAGAGAGAUCCAGCCACAGGGUUCUGUCUGAAAAACUGUCCCCCCAACGACCUGGAAUGCGCCCUGAGCCCCUACGCUCUGGAGUACAAGCUGUUGUCUCUUCCUUUUGGCAUCGCAGCCAACCAGGACCUGAUCCGGCUGGUGGCCUACACCCAGGACGGAGUGAUGCACCCGAGGACCACCUUCCUAGUGGUGGACGAGGACGUCACGUUACCCUUCGCCCUGAGAGAUGAAAACCUGAAGGGGGUGCUGUUCACCACACGGGCGCUGAGAGAACCACAUACGUAUCGCAUGAAGGUCCGAGCCCUGUCCUACAGCCAGGACGGAGGCAUCGAGUAUCAGACUACCUUCAUUGUAUACAUCGCCGUCUCUGCCUACCCCUACUGAGAGCACUUUAAAGAAUGUGAGGUAAGCGGCGAGUCGCCACGAUUUGCGUCCUCAACAAUAAUAAUGAUCCAUGAGCGAGAAGAGACUGAAAAAAAGACUUUGUUUGGUGUGUGACUGAGCCCAGUGAGUGCAGACACAGGACUGUGGGUUUACAGCAGAUACAAAACAAAGAGGAGGUGUGGACAAACUGACUAUUUAUUGGCUUUACUUGCUUUGUCAGGACUUUAUUCACAUUAUUGCUUUGACUUAUUUUGUCGUGUCAUGUCCCCUUACCCAUUUAGAUUUAUUUAUAUAUCAGUUAAGACUGACUCCUCACAGCUGAAACAUUGACCGCUGGCUCAGACAGUAGACCUCCGGCCUACUCAUGGAGACACUAAAAUAAAAAUUAGCUAACCUUUUAUUUACAUCUACCUAUUAUUAACUUAUUGGGAAGUGCUUGAAUAUGAUCAAGGGGCAGUUUCCACCUUCAUUUAGCCACCAAAAUGGAGUUGCGACUGUUCAAAUAUGGUGCUUGUUUUGGCGAUAGAAAACUUGACUGUCACAGAUGCAUCCUCAGGUCGUGGCCCAGCAUACGUCUUCAAGUGGAAACCAUGUUAUUUUUGUGGAAACCAACCUGUUUUGUUUUUUUUUUUCCCACCGAUUACAUCACAAGUGUACAACAAAGCUCCAUCCAACAGUUGAUAACUAAGAUGUAUUUUAUUUUUAUGACUUGUACAUAGGUGUCGUUUCUCAUAAUGUAUUGCUAUACUGUACUUAUUGUAUCCAUUUUUUAAUAAAAAUGAAAUAAAAUAAUAUACAGUGAUAAUUAGGGAUGUCACUGUAUGAUUGUGGCAUAAAGCAGACCUUACACUGUUUCAGCUGAACAGAAAGUGACUGUACAAACAUUCUGCACUCAAGUACAAAUGCACAUACUUGGAUGAGUUCACUAUCCUUGAAUCAUAAACUGAAAAUAUUGUAUGAGGUCAAAAUAAAGUUGACCUUUGGCCACCAAAACAAAAUCAAUUCACCCUUGAGUCCCAGAGAAUUUUCUUGUCAAAUGAGAAAAAAGUAAUCUUCUAUAUGUUCCUAAGUUUUCAUGUUUAUAAAAAAAAACAAAAAAAACUGGCAUUUACAGGUUCUAGUGACCUUUGACCUCUAACUAAAGAAAAAGCAAAGGUUGUCAAAAAAUACAAAAAAAGUAAAGUUUUUAAAUACCUACUUUAUUACUUCCAUCUGUGUCAAAAACAUCAGAAAAGCAUGUUAGCGCACAAACAUUUUUAAAAGAAUCACAACAAAGUUAUGUUUAGCAUUCAUACCUUUUAUUUUUUUGUCAAAAAGCACAAACAUAAAAAAGGAAUAUUUGAGUAAGGCAGUUGUACAUCAGUUUGGUAUGUUUCCACAUCUUCUCACACUCGCAAGAAGAGCAUCUCUGACUAGAAAUACAUGAAGCAGAAGGAGAAAUCACACCAUUCCUCUUUUAGUUCCAAUGUAAAACCAGUCAUUACUGCAUUAGAAAAUCUAUCUAAUGUCCAGAUGCAUCAUCACUGAUGACAGUAUUCAAACAUGAACCCCAUGUUUAAAUAUUAACCGGUGAGUGACAUGACUCUGAUGAUGCUUUUGUGUUUUAUAGAAGCAAGAUGUUUAUGAAAAAAUCCAUAAGUGACCUUUACAAAUGAGCAGGAAUAAAAACGGAAGAAGCAAAACCAAAACAGUAAGUUUUGAAAAUGUGACUCAUUACUUUGAAAGACACUUAAAUCUCCAACACUGUCUUAAAUGUUUUUGCUAAUAUUCAAGGGAAAGUAAUUCAUUUUUGUAAAACACAUUAUUUCCAUAAAAACACAAUAAUCAUUUGGCAACAGACAUCGUCUGCCUCAUAAGGCAGACACAAACAUUUCAUUUCCAGUUUUCUUCCUCAUAUAAAUGUGAGGGAACUGUGUAUGUUUGUGUUAAAAACAGGAUGUUACACUUCACUGAAAAGGGGAGGAUUUUUUGGAAAAAUCCAAAAGCGGGAAUUUUAACUGAGAUUCAAUACAAAACUCACUGGAUUUUUCCAGAAGAGACAAAAAACGUGUACAAAACACGGGUAUGAAAUGCUUAAGAAAAUACAUAUUAAGAGUGGGAUCAUGCAAAUGGUGUAUAUAUUCAUAUAUAAUUUUUUAUAACAAUCCUCUCCUGCAGUUUUAAAAUCCUCUAAGCCGUGUUUUCUAUUUUCAAUGAGAAUGGAUUUGACCUGGAGGUGACAGCAUAAUUAAAGAAAAUGUGUAGUUAUUAUAGAUUAUUUGCUGUUAAAUAUUAAAAUAAAACACAAACAAAAAAAAAACCACAAUCUGAGAGCAUAUCCUUGGGGCUCAUUUUCCUGAUAGUCUAAACAGUACCAGCAGAGUGAGAUGACGUCUGUACAGUAACAAACAGGACGUGAGGGGCAGUAAAGUGGGAUUAUAAGAGCGGCGGUGGAGAUGGCAGUCUGGGUAAUAAUCCUCAACUGGGCCUGGAUGAAUGAAUAAACAGAGACGGAUGAAAAACAACAUCCCCCUCCCCCUUCUCCCCAGGAUGGAUGUCGACCCCCGUGAGUAAAUCCACUGUCCUCCAUCUGUGACGGAGGCUUUUCCGGAGCCUCCCAUCGCUAAAGAGGAACAUGGAGGCAAUCAGAGGAUUUACACAGGGUUGUGCUUUUAUUCCAUCAGGAAGUCUGGACUCAGUACAAAGACGCAGUGAUUUCUGAAGAAGCUAAGAAAGCUAAAACCGUCUGUGUCUGACAGUCGACGGAGACACAUAAAAACACCGAUUCAGUCCUACAUUUUAAAGGUACAAUGUGUAACAACGUGAAUAAACGUACAUGUAUUAAUUGUGAACAGAUUGUAAAAUACCUUAAAACUGUGCAGGUUAUUUUGCCGCUGACAGCACCAGCUCAACACUUUAUUUUUUACAUUUCCAAUCCAAAUCCUACCAGAUACUAUUUCUAUCAUCAUCUUUAUCGAGGUUCCAAGUUAAAACGAUACUAAACGUGAUAUAAAAAGUCCACAAUCACUGCUGUGUCAAAAUGUAUGUUAGCUAGCCGGAAAUCUCUGAACAUGUCGAAACAAAUUCUCAAAUAUUCAGUCACGUUAAAUCGACCCCAGAUUUUAAGUCUAAACAACAGUAUUCCAGCCUGAAAUACUUCAAAACAACAUUCUAUUAAGUUACACCUUGCAGUUUUUGUCGAUCAUUGUUGCUGCGCUCAUGGCUGCAUUGGCACGAAGAUGAUGUCACAAUGUUUAUCUUGUGUAACUAUGACAACCAGCCACAAAGAGGAAGGAAUAUACCUACAACAGAAACGCAGCGUGCUCCUGCCAAAACCAAGACAAGUUGAACAACACUGAUAAUGGCAAUGGAAAAGAAGCAAUACACUGAUUUUGGGUCAGAUUUUCUGGAAACCUGCAAAAAAAAAAGGGCCAAAAUUCUCAGACGCACUGUGACGAUUUUUAAUUAAUAAUCUAAGACUCAUGUUGGGAUAAAAACCCUGAUCGCUACAGAGUAGUGAGGGAUGUUACAAGGACUACAGAGGCCAGUGUCCUGUGGAAUGACACAUAUUGUUCUGAGAUUCCUCCCAGUGUAAACUCCAGCUCAUGAGCCCCUCUGCUCCUCUACAGCAGCAACAAUGUACAACACCAGCUAACGUUAGCAUCAAAACAAGCAACCAAUUCCCUGCACAAAACACUCCAACAUUACGUCUGCAUAAGUACACACGUGUGAGCUACAGGAUAAUAAUACAGUACAGUUAGUACAGACGGUUUUAGGAUUGUUAGACAUUGUACCUUUAAGGGAUUUGUCUCUGAAUUAUGGAAUUUGGAAUCAUGGUUUGAUGUAAAGUAGCAACAGAUGAUGAUUUUUAAUAUCAGUUUUUCCUAAAUUUGUUGAAAUAGUAAUAACGAAAUAAAAUAUACAAAGA